GAGAGUGGGCUGCCCUCCCGCCUGGACCUCAGCUUGGAGGAACGGCGCAGGGCACGGGCAACAGCGGCCGUGGGCAGGACGCCCCGCUGGACGCAAAGGAGCUCCAGAUGCUGGUCGCCCUGGCACGCCGCGCAGGUGACCAGGCUACCGCGGCCAGGUACCAAGGCCAGCUGGACUCCAUGGCGGCAGCCUCGAAGCCCCCGCCCAGGGCCCUGCAGGACCAGGUCAGCGACCUGCACCACCGCAUCAAGAAGCUCGACGGCAGGCUGGAGGCUGAGCUGGCGAAGCUUGCGAGGUGGCAGGACGGCAUCAGGGCGCAGGAGGUUCUCAUCCACGACUUAUCGAAGCAGUCCGAGGCCAUGGUCACGCCUGGGCCCACUUUGUCACUCCGCGACCUCGUGGACGGGCGGGUCUCCAACAUCGUCAUCGACGACGAAGGCCUCUUCUCUGUCGACGCUGAGGGCAUGGAGGCAUCGGAUCUUCAAGAGGUGGAGCGACGUCGGGCCGACUUCAAGGAGCAUAUCGGCAAGGCAGCCAAGGCCCUGUUCGCCGAAGCUAUGGAGCGUGCUGCAGUCGCCAAGGCCGAUCACGACGGGCACCUCAAGCGCAUGGCCACCAAGCGCAGGAAGGGGUGCGACGGGGCC